AUGGCCGACUUGUCUGUUCAACUCACAGCCCCUAACGGCCACACUUGGACCCAGCCCACCGGCUUGUUCAUCAACAACCAAUGGGUCAAGUGUUCAACUGGCGAGAAGAUUGCCAGCAUCAAUCCCACAACCGCAAAGGAAAUCACAUCAAUCCACGCUGCUUCCACUGAAGAUGUCGAUAAGGCCGUCAAGGCAGCUCGCGCUGCUCUGAAUAACCCCUGUUGGCGCGAUCUACCCGGCCUUGACCGCGGCAAGCUGAUGAACCGCCUGGCCGAGCUCAUCGAGGACAACCGCGCCACGCUCGCCACUAUCGAGACAAUUGACAACGGAAAGCCGUAUUCCGUUUCCUUCAAUGACGACCUGACCGAGACUGCUGAGACAAUCCGUUACUAUGGAGGAUACGCCGACAAGAUCUUUGGACAGGUCAUCGAUACAACCCCGGAUAAGUUCGCUUACACCAUGCGGGAGCCCGUUGGUGUCUGUGGCCAAAUUAUCCCAUGGAACUUCCCCCUCGCUAUGGCCGCUUGGAAGUUGGGGCCCGCCCUGGCCUGCGGAAACACAAUUGUUCUCAAGCCAGCGGAGCAAACCCCUCUCUCCAUCCUCUUCCUUGCCAACCUGAUCGUGGAAGCAGGCUUCCCUCCCGGAGUGGUGAACAUCGUUAACGGGCACGGCGCCGUCGCCGGAGCCGCGCUCGCCUCACACAUGGACGUGGACAAGAUCGCCUUCACAGGUAGCACGGCGACAGCCAAGCAAAUUAUGAAGAUGGCCAGCGUGAACUUGAAGAACAUUACCCUAGAGACGGGUGGUAAGAGCCCGCUGAUUGUGUUCAACGACGCAGAUCUCGAGCAGGCCGUUGAAUGGGCCCAUAUCGGUAUCAUGUACAACCAGGGUCAGAUCUGCACAGCCACAUCCCGCAUUCUGGUACAGGACGAGAUCUACGACCGUUUCUUAGAGGCAUUCAAGGCUCAGGUGAAGAAUGUCUCUAAGGUCGGUGAUCCAUUUGAGGAGUCGACCUUCCAGGGCCCGCAGGUGACGCAGGCUCAGUAUGACCGCAUUCUGUCUUACAUUGAUGUCGGUAAAUCUGAGAAGGCCACUCUUAUUGCUGGUGGCAAGCCUUUCACUGGUGUUGGUGAUGGUAAGGGCUUCUUCGUUGAGCCUACUGUUUUCACCGAUGUCACGCCAAAGAUGCGUAUUUACCAAGAGGAAGUCUUUGGUCCAUUCGUGGUGAUUGCCCGAUUCAGCGAGGAGAAGGAUGCUAUUGAGAUGGCCAAUGACUCGACUUAUGGUCUUGGAAGUGCUCUAUUCACGACGAACUUGACUCGCGCCCAUCGCGUGGCUAAGAAGAUCGAGGCCGGUAUGGUCUGGAUCAACUCUAGCAACGAUAGCGAUUGGCGCAUUCCAUUCGGUGGCGUAAAGCAAUCUGGUAUUGGUCGUGAGCUUGGAGAGGCUGGUCUUUCUGCUUACUCAAAUAUCAAGGCCAUUCAUGUGAACAUGAAGUCUAAGCUUUGA